AUGGUUUUCCGAAAGCACUUUUGCACGAAAUCACUCACUGUGCAACCAACAACACAACAAACACCCAACAACACUCCAAUCACUUUUGUUCAACAAAACUUCAACGAUCAAAAUCAAUUGACUGAAAAUCAUCAUAAUUACUCUAUCAAAGACAGCAAAUACUCGAUUAAUAUUAUUGAAGGAUGGCCUAUUCAGAAAUUGUGGAAAAUUACAUCGGGUGAUCAUGAUGUCAAAAAUUAUAGUGAUAAAGGCAAGCAUGAUGUCGUCACUAAAUUAUGGAAUUUCAUUAAAGAAAAAGAUUUGCAUCAUCAAUUCAUUUCGGAAUUGCAAUCUCAAGAUUAUGUAAUAAUGACAACAGAUGAAUUCAACAAUGUCAAGCAAGAAGAGCGAGUUAAAGGACCAAAACAACACCAUACUGAUCUUCGGGAAAUUUCUGAAAAUUACAGUCUAAGAGAAAAAGGCUUAUAUUUGUCACAAAAUGGAUUGGAUAAAAAGAGGAAGGGAGAAACACUUGAAUCAGUUCAAGAAAUGAAUGAUCGUCUCAAUUCACAGCCAAGUAAACCACAAGGUUUACCAAAUUAUUUCACAGAUGAAGUCAAAGAUAUGGUUUUUAAAGCUAUUGAGGAAGCAAUGCGAGAGCACAAAGAUUUCUUUAAGGUUAACAAAUCAAAAAUUGCAGACGACAUUAAAAAACAAUUACCUGAUACAUAUGAAUAUCGCAAAAUCAAAUCAAGCCUUACACAUCCUAAAAAAGGAUACUAUGUUUCCUUAAUAUAUCGUGAAAAGACAGGAAUUUCUCUCUCCCAAUUGUUUGAAAAAAGUAAGAAACGACGAGCAUACAAGCGGUCUUCUCUUGGCUUGCCUAUCCAUUUCAUGACACAAAAAACAAAAGCAAAAUUAAUUCAUGAUGCCAUGAUCUAUGGAUUAAACCAUUCAGAUGAAGAUAUCAAAGAUAUGGUCCAUCAUCGUUUAACCUACAUUGGUGAUAUUAUUGAAGACAUUAAUGGAAAUCAUACCUUAAUACGCGACAUACGUACCGUGAUGUGUAUUAUCUUGGCUAAAAUAUACGAAAGUAACGGUUUUAAGGUGAAAGAAGGAACUUAUAUCGUUGAGAUUGUUCAUUUGUGCAGAAUGUGUUUUAGGGUGUUGUAA